AUGGCAGCGGUAAACGUCAGGAUGAACCCCUUUGGGGUUAUCGGUGCUAUUUUUGUCAUGAUUUGUCUUUGGUGGUAUUUAUUUGGUUUGCCGUUGUCUAGUAGAGAAGAGCAAAGAGUUAGCAUGAAAGAACUUUUAACAGUCAGUAUAGAACUUGCUAAACGUGGAGGUGACAGCGUGUAUGCCAUUCGAACAGGGGGAUCUCUGGGCCAAAAGGUGAAAGGAAAAACUGCCGAAGGAGCCAAGGAAAUGCUGACACAAGGGGAUAUGGAAUCGCAUCGUGCAAUAAUGUACGGGAUGUUAAAAGCAUUCCCUGGAUUAAGGGUGAUAUCUGAGGAGCAUGAGACAGCUCCAAUCAGCCUGGAGAGGGUGAAGGACGUGACAAGAAAGCUGGCUGAGGUGGAAAGGUUGAUACAGAGUGAUCAACAGAUCCCCGUGAGUGACAUUGCUGUCUGGAUUGACCCUCUGGAUGCCACACAGGAGUACACAGAAAACCUGACCCAAUAUGUGACAACAAUGGUAUGUGUGGCGAUAAAGGGGGAACCGACCAUUGGGGUCAUACAUCGUCCAUUUGAGAAAGAAACAGUUUGGGCAUGGGCUGGAUAUGGUCACUCAGAAAAUCUGAAGAAAUCUAAGGAGAAGAAAAUUGAUGAGAAUGACCAGACUAAGAUCAUAGUGUCAAGGUCACAUAAAGGGGAAGUGGAGGAGGUCGCGAAGAAAGCGUUUGGAGAGAAAACCAUUGUCGUUCCUGCUGGUGGUGCUGGUUACAAGACAUUGGCUUUGGUGAAAGGAGAAGUCGAUGCAUACGUCCAUGUGACGCUGAUAAAGAAGUGGGACAUUUGCGCCGGCAAUGCAAUCCUUAGCGCGUUGGACAGCCGGAUGACCGACCUCAAGGGGAACACCAUUGAUUACUCUGCAUCUGGAAAUGCGAAAAAUGAACAUGGGCUGUUAGCCACAUUGUACAACCAUGACACUUAUGUGAGGAAGCUGGAGGGCAUAAUGGAUAAUACAAAGAAAAAAGAGAAGAGGUCAGACAGCAUGAACAGAUAACCAGCUCAGUAUUAAUAUUAAUUAUUAUUAGGGGUGAGUGGGGGAGCGUAUAUAUCACAAUGUGUGUGUGUGUUUUUCAGAUGUUACCCUAAUUCUUCAACCUUUUCGUAUAUGAAAGAGCAACUUUCAGUGCAAUUUAUGAACAAUUGUUUUUUCCAAAACUGCUUGAGUUGGAUUGGCCAAUUUUCAGGCUUCACAAAAAGUAUAAUUUUAUCAGUCUCUCAGAAUUAUAUCAUCGGAAUAUGCUUGGAUAAACUCCUUUGCAAACAUGUGGAAAGGAUGGAAAAUUACAGCAUAUUGACAUAAAGCUGCCUGUAGCAAGAUGAUUUAUAUAGGACAUCAAUAUGUAUGUAUACCUUGGGAAAUCUGUAGCUUGUAAAUAUCUUUUUAACUUACAUUAUGUCUGUGUAUAAAUAUACAAAUAUAUAUAUAUGUAUAUAUGAAUCAGUUGUAUUUAAUUUAUUUUUUGUUACGUAUUGUUAUACAUAUUUUUCGGGUUUUGAAUAUGUAUUUUGGGCGAAGAGCAGUGGGAUAGUUACAUAGUUCAGUGAGACAUAGGUGUAUGUGCACUUCAUUGUCGUUUGUGGAAAGUUAAAUAUUUAAGCGGUCUUGGAUUAAUUUUUGUGUGUAUAAUUUUCAUGCCAUUAUCUCAUGUAAAAUAUUACUAUUUAAACUGAUUAUUUUUUUAAUUACAACAAAUGUAGGUCAAUUGUAAAAUUUUUGUAUGGAACAGUGGAGCUGCAUGGUCUGAGGAUGAUACCAGUCAAACUCCUCACAGCUCUGCUCUCUACACUGUUCAUAUCUCUGCAUCCACUUGACAUGGACUGGAUUGGCCUUUCCACUUCAUUAGGCACUCGAGAAACAACUGGCGUAAUAUAGCCAAUAGAAACAGGGUUACAAUGUUUCAAAUAUUGUGGUUAUAUGUUGAAUAUUUUAGUUAAAAUAGAAUAAUGCAUUAUAUAUCAGAGAAAGGUUUGAGAAAGCAUGCCUAUUUCUUUUUGACUUUACCUCUUACCUUAUUUUCAAGAAGUCCUGUGAUACAGUGGAACUUUUUUAAUGUUUAGCGACAAAGAAGUUCAAUCUAAAAAUUCCUCUGUUGGUAACGUGUGGGAGCUAUUCAAGUUUUAUGUACAUGACUGGCUUAUCUUAUAUUGUAUACUCAGUAUUUAUAUUUGCAAAGUGCAUAAAGGAAUGUAAUAUUGCUAUUCUAUAAUAUUUGUUUAUACCCGGUAUACAAUCUUUAUUAGAAUUGGCAACGUGGGCUCUAGCAUUACAAUAGAUUAUUUACUUACAGUAUAUAAAUGUAUAUAUGACUGCAGUAUUGCCAAAGUGGCUGUCAUAUUCAUUCAUUCAUUCAUAUUAAGGUAUGUAGUUUCCACUUAAACAUUUCUGGUAUAGGAUAUACAAUUUUGUGAUUGAUUACUUAUAUCAAUUUUUUCCUGGGAAAGUGGGGACAUAUCCUACAGCUAUGAAUAAAACUGGCCACGGGCAUAUUUAAAAUCCAUGUCUCCCAUUGGACACCAAUCAAAUAAAUAUGUUGAAAUCAGUUAUUUUUCAAGUAGGUGUUAUAUAAAGUUAAGUGAGUUUCACUCAUUGCAAAAGAUUUAGGGGAUUCUUCUCUGUAAAAAGAAAUAUUGUGGUGAAAAACAUGUUUGUUCUAAAUGCAAGGGUUUGAAGUAUGAGAGGGUUUUCAUAUUUGAAUGUCCAUUAUACAUAAAGAUAUUCAUGCUGAGAGGGUCUUUGUAAUUGUUUGUUUGUAAUUAAUACAGGUACACAACUUAAUAAAUAAAAUAAACAUU